AUGGAUUUAAGUAUUGGUAACGAAUUAAAGGAUUCGUUCGAUGAGACGAAUAAAUGGGUGAAGGGAGGAAUUGAAUGGCUAAGCGAUGUGGAGGAGUUCUAUCGAACCAGAGCCUCAAUAGAAAAGGAGUACUCCUCUAAACUACUGGCCUUAUCCAAUGAUUUCAUCAAGCGAAAGCUCAAAGUUUCCACGAGUUUAAGUGUGGGAGAAACCCCUACAAUUACUCCUGGUUCUUUGGAAGCCGCAUCAAUGGUUGCGUGGACAGAGGUAUUAACUCGCACUGAAGAGAUUGCAAAACAUAGAAAGGAUUUCUCAAGAAGUCUGGAGAAGAAAGUACUUUUGGAACUGGAAAGCAUUCGUUCGAAAUAUGACAGCAUUAGACAUCAAUGGAAGGAGUUCAAUGAGAAAAUUGUUGUUGAUAGAGACCACUACUACUCUGAAGUUGAUAAAGCUAAAAAGGAGUAUGAUAGCUCUUGUCAGAUUAUGGAACAAACGAGGCAGAAAACAGAGAGAAGUUCCAGUGAAAAAGCUCAAAAGAAAUACAAAGAGAAAGAAAUUGACAUGAAUAUUUUGAAGAAUACGUAUCUUAUCAAAAUCAACGUGGCGAAUCGCUUAAAGGACAAGUAUUUUUACCAGGAUCUUCCUGAGAUCUUGGAUGGCUUGCAAGAUCUAAACGAAUCUCGAGUAUCUCGACUGAAUAACAUAUUGCUAACAACCACUGCACUGGAGAAGUCAUGCAACGAAAAGGUCAACGAAUGUCUCAACGCUAUGGAUGUGGUGAUAAAACAAAACGUUCCAAGUUUGGACACCGCCAUGUUUAUAAAGCAUAACUUGAAGGACUGGAAGGAACCACAGGAUUUCUAUUAUAUCCCUUCAAGCAUUUGGCACGACGACGAGUCCAUGGUCACUGAGCCAGCAGAAAUGAAUCAUCUGCGUAUACAACUAAGCACAGCGAAUGCUAAGUAUGAAAAGUUUGUCAAAACAUGUGAGACCGAAAAGCAGAUACUGGAGGAAGUUUUGUUGAAGAAGAAAGGGCUUAAAGAGAAAUAUAUCACCGGCGAUGAGUUAAUCUCUAAGGAAGAGGGUUACAAGUAUGACGAGUUGUUAAUGAAAUAUUUGAAGACCUUGCAGAAUUUCACUCAGGACGAUGUAAUUAGAGUUGUCGCUGAAGUCGAAAUGGAGACAAUCCAGUCUUCAAGUGAUGGAAAUGAUUUAACUGCUCCGAUUCAUGAAGAGAAAAAAUCCAAAAGAUUUGGGUUGUUUGGGAAAAAGACUAGACAUUACACCGUGCCAGACACCUCGGAUAUCACAAGUGUUCAUAGUAACACCAAUACAAUGCUUUCCCGGUCGUCCACAACAACUUUCAGCAAAGCAAGGUUGUUUGGGUCGCUACUAAAAUCCAAUACAACCACUGAUUCCGGAAGCAAUGCGAAGGCUCUCUAUGAUUAUGAAGCCAAUGGUGAUGACGAGGUAAGUAUUUCUCAAGGAGAAACUUUUAAUGUGGUUAACUUUGAUACGGACGGAUCAGGGUGGACAGAAAUCACCAAGUCUAGUGGCGAAAAAGGACUGGUGCCUACUUCUUAUAUUGAGACUUUAGAAAGCAAGGCAUCCAAGAUUCCUCCAAAAGUUGCACCCAGACGAGGAGCCAAAAAGGUUCAAUAUUUGGAGGCAUUGUUCGAUUAUGAAGCUGCUGGAGAUGACGAACUAACCAUCCAUGCCGGGGACAAGAUAGAAUUGAUAACCGAUGAUACUGAUGGUUGGACCGAAGGAAAAUUAAAUAACGUAGCUGGACUUUUCCCCAGUUCCUAUGUCAAGAAGUUAUAG